CCGCCGCCGGGACCCCUGCGCGCACCGCCCCACGCCCCUAGCCUCCGCGCGUCUCCGCCGACACGCACUUCCUGCGAGGCCUCCGAGCGCACCUUAGCCCAGCCGAAGCGAGCUGCGCCCUGCCCUGCCUUUCCAAGCUGUUCGCCAUGGUGGACGAGCUGGUCCUGCUGCUGCACGCGCUCCUGAUGCGGCACCGCGCCCUUAGCAUCGAGAACAGCCAGCUCAUGGAACAGCUUCGGCUGCUGGUGUGCGAGAGGGCCACCCUGCUGCGCCAGGUACGUCCGCCGAGCUGCCCUGUGCCCUUCCCCGAAACGUUUGACGGCGAGAGCUCCCGGCUCCCCGAGUUUAUCGUGCAGACGGCGUCUUACAUGCUCGUCAACGAGAACCGAUUCUGCAACGACGCCAUGAAGGUGGCAUUCCUGAUAAGCCUGCUCACCGGGGAAGCCGAGGAAUGGGUGGUGCCCUACAUUGAGAUGGAUAGCCCCAUCCUGGGCGACUACCGGGCCUUCCUCGAUGAGAUGAAACAGUGUUUUGGCUGGGAUGACGACGAAGACGACGAAGACGAAGAUGAAGAAGAUGAUUACUAGGCCCGGAGACCCUCGGGCCUAGGAGGGGGAAGGGCACUGCCCGCCGCCACCCCCCACUGCCUCCCCGCCUCGCCCCGCCCGGAGCCACCGCGCUCCCCUAACGCUGCGAUCCCCUGGCCUUUCCCUCCCCUCUGGCUGUCUUCCUCGCCCUCCACUCUCGGCCGUAGUGCUUGUCUUUGUUCCAGGCAUAGUGCUCUCCAGUCACCUGCUGCUGAGGCUGCGGCGUCUCUGAAGUGCGCUCUGCCGCCCACUCUGGCCAGCCCCAGGACCCUCACCGCUCAUUAGAACUGUGUUCUGAGCGCCAGCUCUAGGGCAAGCCCGUCUUACAAACCGGUCAGCCUAUACUCUGCCCUGCCGACUGUCAGGCCUGCACCUCUGCCCAGCGACCUGCGCUGCCACCCAAGCACCCUCUUCCAGAUUCCAGCGACAGACCCGGCCUUUGGAGAUCAGGAGCAACCUAGAAGAUGCCUUUGUGGGCUACACCUCCUGGGACACUGAUUUGGACUGUUCACCAACAACUCCACCCUCCUCCCCAGGGGCUAAUCUUUCAACUUGAUUAAUUGUUCCCUACUAACUCCGAGUCUUCCUCAUGCCCCACCAGAUUGCUACAGGGGCCCAUUGUGCCUGGCAGCCCAAUUGUUGACAUUUCUCCUAUGCAGCAGUUUUGCACACCUGUCAUCUUUGUUUCAAAAUUGCAGCAGUCCCAUAGAGGUGUGCAUUUGGACAAAAAUACUAAAAACUGAACAAUACAAACAAAAGCAGGUACUCAGCCCAGCUCCUCAAUGCUACCUGGAAAAAGUAUUUGCAUUCUUUUCAAUAAAUUACA